UGUCUUCCAGGUGGUGCAGGGGACUGGGAAAAAACAGCUGUCAAUCAUGAGGCUUUCCUGCUCAUGGCUAAUUCUCAGAAUGAAAUGGAAGACUGGGUGAAAGCCAUCCGACGGGUUAUAUGGGCUCCAUUUGGUGGAGGGAUCUUUGGACAGCGCUUGGAGGACACUGUACAGUAUGAGAGGAAGUAUGGGCAGCGCUUGGCCCCACUGCUGGUGGAGCAGUGUGUGGAUUUUAUUCGGGAGAGAGGUCUUACAGAAGAGGGGCUCUUUCGGAUGCCUGGCCAAGCCAACCUUGUCAAAGAUCUGCAGGAUUCUUUUGACUGUGGAGAGAAGCCCCUUUUUGACAGCAACACAGAUGUUCACACUGUGGCAUCCCUCCUGAAGCUUUACCUUCGAGAGCUACCAGAGCCUGUCAUCCCCUUUGCCAAAUAUGAAGACUUUCUUUCUUGUGGACAGCUACUCUCAAAAGAUGAGGGAGAGGGUACCCAGGAAUUGGUUAAACAGGUGAAAAAGUUGCCCCAAGCCAACUACAACCUCCUCAAAUACAUAUGCAAGUUCCUUGAUGAAGUUCAGGCUCACUCCAGCAUUAACAAGAUGAGUGUCCAAAACUUGGCUACAGUAUUUGGACCAAACAUAUUACGGCCCAAAAUGGAAGAUCCAAUGACCAUGAUGGAAGGCACUUCACUAGUUCAGCACCUGAUGACAGUGUUGAUAAGUGAACAGGGGCGAAUCUUUGCUGUUCCUCAGGUAGAUGUGCCAGGGAGCCAGCUGGAAAUCAGACCUGUGCGUCAGCGCAGUACCGUGGAAUGGAUCUCUGAGGAGGAUGGGGAGGACAGCAGGUCAGAGAACUAUGUUCCCAGCCCCACUGAUUUGCCUUCUAGCAAUGCUGUGCCACUCGAGGCCACUCCUGGACCUGUGGUGAAAAACACUCCUUCAGAGCACAGUGGCAAAUUGACUCAGCCUGCCACCAGCCCCAGCAAAAGAGUGCAGACGCUGCCUCCGUGGAAAUACUCCUUCCGCCAGCAGGGAGCACGGUCUGUGAGUCCAAAGCUGGGCAGCUCAUCUUUAGAUAUCCCAAACCUCUCCUCCAGUGGGAACUGGUUGAUGAAUGGCCUGUACUCACUCCGAGGCCAUCGCCGGACAGCCUCUGGGGAACGAGUUAAAGACUCAUGUUCUUCCCAGAGACUCUCUACUUAUGACAAUGUCCCUUCGUCCAGCCUCUCCCUUAGCAGCGCCACGUGGUCUACAUCAUCAUGUGAAAUCUCCGUGAUGGACUCAGUCAGCAGCUGCCCAGCCUGCCGGGCCAGUGACUCUUCGGCUUUAAGCUCUCUCAAAACCGAGUGGGUAACUCAGGGCUCACUGUCUCACAGUGAGGUCAAGACUGCAGAUCUGGAGAACAGCAUCGACAGGUUUGAAGCAUGCAGCAGCAGCAGCAGUGAACAAAGCAACGCGGCUGCAGCUUCCAGAGACUCUGUCAAAUGCUCUAGGGCCUUGCAGAGCUUGGUGGUGGAGCUAAAGACAGAGCUGAGCAAACAGAGGACUGAGUAUGAGACUAGUAUCAAAAGAAUUGAAGAAACAAGUGCAGACCUGAGGAAACAAGUGGUUAGGUUAGAAGAAGAACUGGACCAAGAACGGAAGAAAUACACGAUGCUGGAGAUAAAGCUGAGGAAUUCUGAACGUGCUCGUGAAGAUGCUGAGAACAGAAAUCAUCUCCUGCAGAAGGAAAUGGAAGACUUUUUUUCAACAUUAGGAUGUUUAACUGGGAGUCGAAGUACUAAAGUCACCAAGUAGAACAAGCUGAUGUACGGCAUAGAAAAUUGUAUUUCUGGCAAAACCAGUGA